CUGAAAGGAAAAAGUAUGCCUCCAAAACAGAAAGUACAGCUUGACAAAGGUGCCUGGCAGUGGGCAGAGACUACAGAUUACACUAAUGUCACAGAGGAGCAUGUCAAGAUGGCUUAUAGAGUUAAUCUUUCAACAUGUGAGCGAGCAACUUGCAAGUAUGUAAAUUUUUUAUGUUAUUGUAAAUUACAUCCAUGCAUUAAAGUAUCAUCAAAAUCAUAUUCUGUCAUACCUUCUUCGAAAAGUUCUCAAAUUUUUGUUAAAAGAACAAAAUAUUAAAAAUUUAGAUACUUUUGUCAACAUUUUUCAGUUCUGUAUUUGAUGAAUUAUUUAAAAAACUUUUUAGCUUAAUUAGUACAUAUUUUUGUUUCUUAUCAAUGUCAAAUCCUUACCAUUAAUAGUACAUGGCUGUAUAUUUAUAUGAACUCUUGCAAAGAAUUUUAAGUUUCUGUUCUGAGAUAAAUUUAAAAAAUUUAUUAUAAUUUCAAAAAGAUCUAUAUCCAUUCUCAAACAUAUAUGAAAAUUGCUAUAGAUAUUUAUGAAAUUAUUAUAAAUUUUUAAAAUUUUGUUUAUUCAUUGCAGUAAAUGGGUUAAUAAAGAAUUCUUUCAAUGAAAUUUGGAGAGAAAAAUCAUUAUUAAAGCUGAACGUGUAUUGUUUUAUUUACACAAAUUGUUUGUGUCUAAUUAAAUCUACCUAGAAAGAUAAAAUGUUUAUUAUAUUUUAACUGUCAAUUUGUUCAGGCGGAACUGCAAAGGUAACCCAUUUUGUUUGAAUAAUCUCGGAGAGAAAAAGUGGUACUGCACAGUUGACGAAACAAAGUGGCAAAAUUUUGAUCCAGAUUCUGAACGUAGGCAAAAGGUAAGUUCUAUUUUUAGCCCUUACACAGUAAAUGUAAAUUAAACAAUGUCAAAAAGAGAUUUCAUUAAUUUCAAAUUAGGUUAAAAUGUGUCAUUAAAUAUUUUGUUAUAAAUGUUUUAUUUAUUUGUAAGUCAAUAAAUUUGUUUAUUUUCAAAUGCUCUUUAGUCAUAUCAACACUUAGAAGUUUUCAAAUGUUCUUUAGUCAUAUCAACACUUAGAAAUUUUCAAAUGUUCUUUAGUCAUAUCAACACUUAGAAGUUUUCAAAUGUUCUUUAGUCAUAUCAACACUUAGAAAUUUUCAAAUGUUCUUUAGUCAUAUCAACACUUAGAAGUUUUCAAAUGUUCUUUAGUCAUAUCAACACUUAGAAAUUUUCAAAUGAUAUUCUUUCUUCGUAAUCUUAGUGAGAUUUUCUCAAAACAGUAAGAAUAAUGAAGUAUAUAUUUAAUAUGAAUGAUUCCUUAUGAACUAAUUGAUUGUUUCCCUUUUUAUAAGUGAUUGAAUUAUGAAGCCUUUUAGCUAUAGUGAUUGAUUUUUUUAUAUUGAUAGUAAAACUCCGAUUGAAUAGUCAUAAAUGGAUAAUCUCAUCUUUUAAGGGAAAUAUUUGAUUGUAGCACUCAUAAUGAAACAUUCCUCUGGGGUUUAGCAAAGGUUUGACAAAAUGCUGGGCUUAGUAAUGUAAACUUCCAAACAUAAGACUCUAAUAAGGAACAUUUAUUUUUAGAAAUUUAUUUUUAGUACUUAUUUCAAGAAGAUUCUUUGAAGUUCAUUAGUUUCAAAAUGUAUGCCUUUUAUGCUUCUUGAAAAGAAAGUCACAUCCAUUCUAUAACUGUAUGGCAAAAAUGUAAUUGAAAAUUGUAGAUAUUUUUUAAUUUUUAAAAAAUGUUUUUGGUUAAUUUUUAAAAAAAUGUACACUUAUUAUUUUCCCACCAGGGCCACUUUGUGGGCUUAAAAAAUUUGGGAGCAACUUGCUACGUCAACACAUUUCUACAGCUCUGGUUUCAUAAUCCCAUAAUUAGACGAGCAGUUUACGAGUGGAGGGAGCCAACCCUGCCCAGCGACUACUGUAAGUUGUUUCAUUGUCAAUAUGAAUAGCUCCUUUGUUAUGUGUCCAGAUAUCCCAAUGUAAAGUGCCUAGCGACUACUGUUAGUUGUUUCACUGUAACUAUGCCUAGCUCCUCAUUGUGUGCCAAGGUAUCCCAUUCUAAAGCAAAGUAUUUAAUCCCUUACCUAGUGUCUAGUGGAGUUUUUUAAUAGAAUUUUAUUCCAUCCAAAAAUAGUUGCUUUAUAUUACAUGGCUAACAAGUCUAUUCAAAGAAACUAUUUUAAGCAGAGCUUGCGACAACCCCAUAUGUGUUACGAGAGAAAUAGAAAUACAUCAAUGUGAGAGUGUGUCACAAGAGUCAGUUUUUAUAACAGAAACAUGUCACUUACAAGAACAAAGUUAUAACAUACAUCCCUUAUAACAACAAAGUCAGAACAUACAUCAUUAUAAGAUCAAAGUCAGAACAUACAUCAUUACAAGAACAAAGUCAGAACAUACGUUGCCUAUAAGAAUAAAGUCAGAACAUACAUUGCUUAUAACCACAAAGUCAUUUCAGUGAAUUUCACAUUUUCUCCCCAGAUGAGGGUUGGAAACCUGAUUCAAUCUGCGGCCACCUCCAAGUUAUAUUUGCAUUACUACAGUCCAGCAGAAGAUGGUAGGUAUUAGUUUAUGUUCCAAGUCCUACUACUAGAAUUGAAUCAGUCAGUUUAGGGAAUUCUUUUUUUUUCUGCUGUUUAUUGCUGAAACUGGGUUUCCUGGACAGAUCUUCUUAAUAGGAUUGUAUCUCAACAUGGACAGAUCUUCUUAAUAGGAUAUUAUCUCAGCACAGACAGAUCUUCCUUACAGGAUCAUAUCUCAGCACAGACAGAUCUUCCUAAUAGGAUCCUAUCUCAGCACAGACAGAUCUUCCCAAUAAUAAUAAUAAUAAUAAAGUUUAUUUCAAAAACACCCUUCAUCCCCAAAGGCUCGAAGCGCGGUACAAAGUCAACAAAAAACAAAUCUAUAAUUUACCACAUUUAAAACAAACGCAACACUACAAAAACUAAUUACAAGCAUACAAUGUCAAAGUCUUUCUAGCCAUUUCAACCAUAAGCAACACAGCCAAUAUGAAUUAACUGGAAAAUAAGGUAGACAAUCAUCCCAGAAGGUGUUUGCGAAAUAGAUGUGUCUUUAAAUCGGUUUUAAAGGACUCCAGUGUCUGAUUGUUUCUGAGAUCGACAGGAAGGGCGUUCCAAAUUGUUGGACCAGCAAAUGCGAAAGUGCGCUUUCUGUAAGUCUCAAGGCAAACACGUGGUGUCGAGAGUUUGCCACUAUUGGAUGAGCGGAGUCGUCUUAGUGGGUACAUAAGGUGUCAGCAGCUCUUUCAGAUAGGACGGCGCCAGGUCAUGUAAGCAGCGGUAGCACAAAGUUGCGAUUUUGUACGCUAUGCAAGCACGCACCAGCAGCCAGUGCAACUCUCUCAGAAGUGUUUUUGCAUGGUUGAACUUGCGUUUGCGGAGAACAAUGCGAGCCGCAUUAUUCUGUGCUAUUUGAAUUUUAUCCAGGAGCGUAGCUGGAAGAGCCACCAUGAGAGCAUUGCAAUAGUCCAUGCGUGAUAGCACAAAUGCAGACAUCAGCCUCUUUGUUGCAUCAAUUGUAAGGAAGGGCCUGAUGUGACUAAUCCUGCGCAGCUCCAGAAAAAUCGCCUUGCAUAGCAUGUUAAUAUGACUUUCAAAAGUUAGUCUUCUAUCUAGGUAGACACCCAGGUAAUAGGAUCAUAUCUCAGCACAGACAGAUCUUCUUCUUCUUCUUCUAUAUUUUAAGGGCCCACGAUCAAUUUAUUGAUCAUUUUGGCUCCUAUGCAUGUAGAUGGGAUUUGCAAUGUUUCUGUUACUGGUGUUGAUGAGGAAAUUAUGCACUAGGGGUUUGAAGGCUUGAGGCAAUAGACACAAAUGUGUCUAGUGUUGUCGCCUCAACUGUUCCUUUUGAAAGAUGGUUCCAGUCCCUGAUUGUCUUGGGCAGGAAUGAGCAGCUCCUAUACUGGCUUCUUGCUGGUAUGAGCCUGAAUUGCCUGUCAUGGCCUCGUCGCUGUCUAUGGGGGAGAGGGACGAGUUUCUGUUUAAUACUGGAACAGUGGACCAGCCCAUUAUUUAUCUUGUACAUCAUGGAGAGCCUGGAUUGUCGUCGUCGUUUCUCCAAUGGUGACCAGCCUAGUGUUUCUAGCAUGCUGCCAACACUAGAGGUAUUCCUGUAGCGGUUUAGGACAAAGCGUGCUGCUCGUCGCUGGACCGCCUCCAACCUGUCAAUGCUCUUCUGGGUAAAUGGGUCCCAGACUGAAGAUGCAUAAUCUAAAAUCGGACGGAUAAAGGCUUUAUAUGCUCUUUCUUUCACACAGGAGUUGCCAAUCUUUAGAUUUCGCCUUAAGAACCCCAAGGCUUGGUUUGCUUGGUUACAUACAUUGUUAAUAUGCUCGUCCCAGCGGACCUCUCUUUGAAUGGUAACACCCAGGUACUUUACGGAGGAAACUUGCUCAAGAAUAUGGCCGUGCAGUUUGUAUUGGUAGUGUAGAGGAGUACAACUUCUAGAGAUUGAUAGUGUCUGGCACUUGGCAGGGUGAAAUUCCAUGUCCCAGCUCAUCUCCCACUCAGCUAACAGAUUGAGAUCCUGUUGUAGCUGGUCCUGGUCAGAUCUGUUGGCGAUCGUCCUAUACACUGCUGUGUCAUCUGCAAACAGUCUUGCCUGUGAUGUCAGUUUCUCCGGUAGGUCAUUAAUGUAUGCUAGGAACAAACAGGGGCCCAGGACUGAUCCCUGGGGGACCCCUGACUUCACAUUGACAAAGGAGGAGCUUGUACCGCCCACCACUACUGCUUGGCGUCGGUGGCUGAGGAAGCUAGAGAUCCAUGUUUUAGUGGUGCCUUGAAUCCCAUAUAUCUGGAGUUUGUGUAGAAGCAAACUAUGAUUCACCCGGUCAAAUGCUUUUGCGAAGUCCAUUACUAGCACGUCAGUCUGCUUGUGGUUCUCCAGAUUGGUCAUCAAGUCUUCUACAAAUUCGAGAAGCUGGGUCUCACAUGACCUAUUGACUCGGAAGCCAUGUUGACAGUCAUUGAGUAUAUUUUGGCUUUCAAGAUGCUUCAUGACAGAGCUUACGAUUAUGUGCUCCAACAGUUUGCAGACGACGCUAGUGAGGGAUAUCGGACGAUAGUUGGCAGGGUCGGAAUGCUCCCCUUUCUUGUAAAUUGGAGUGACAUGCGCUGUUCUCCAGUCUGCUGGAACAUUUCCUGUGCAUAGUGACGAUUGGAAGAGGAUUGUCAGUGCAGGAGCGAUUUCUUUGGCUAAUUCUUUGAGCACUCGUGGUUUAAUGUUGUCAGGACCACAUGCUUUGUAAGGGUUAAUGGUAUUGAGGAGGGCAAACACACCUUGUUCUGAUAUCUGGAUAUCUCCCAUGAUAGGAUAGGCUCUGUUCAUCAUUUUGGUCUUCAGAAGGAACUCAGUCUCAGAGUACUCUCUACCGUCACCAAAGACCGACUGGAACUGCUGAUUGAGUAUCUCCGCCUGUGCUUUUGGGUCAGAUGUCAAUUGGCCAUCCCACCUCAAGGGGGAAACUCCAGCGUUUGAGGACUUUUGGUGUUUCACAUAGCUCCAGAAGCGCUUGUUCUUGACAUCUUUGGUCGGGGUGUCUUCCUCUGAGAAGAUGCCGUUCAUGUAGUUCCAAUACGAUCUACGCAAUAAGCGUUGAAUGGUUCGGCGGAGUCUCAGUACCUCCUCUCUCAGUUCCAUCGAGCCAUUUUUCUUCAUGCGUUUGUAUUGGCGGUCUCUCCUGUGGAUGAGCCUACGGAUUUCAGCCGUGACCCAUGGCUGAUUUAUCCUAGGUUUGGUGAUUUGGUGUGGUAUAAAUUUCUUCACUGCAUCAGUGAUUGUAGUCUUGAACUUCACCCACAGCUCGUCUGUUGUCGCUGUACCUUGAAUCACCUUCAUGUUUGAGCUUAGCUCUGUGGUUGCAAUCCUUAGGCCAUCCCAGUCUGCCUUGGCAUAAAUUGGGAUUUCUCGAAUGAUUUGUUUCAUUUUUAGUGUGUUGACCUGAAAUUCACAAUAAGGAAUGUUGUGGUCCGAAAUCCCGGGGAUGACCUCAACUUUUUGGACACGAUGUGGACAAUUGGUGAGGAGUAGGUCAAGAGUGUUUUCCCCCCUCGUGGGUUCUUUAACCAGCUGUUCCAGACCAUGGUUGUUAAUUAUCUCCAUGAAUUCUGAGUGUAGAACAGGGUAUGGGGACUUGGGCUUCAAGGCAGGAAUCUGCCAAUUCCAACCAGGAAAGUUAAAAUCCCCCCCUAUAAGGAGAAAAGCGUUUUUUGACUGUGUUGCUCUGUGAAGCGAUACCUCGAACCUCCUCAGGCUUGGUUCAUCUGCUGUAUUUGGUCGAUAAUAGGCACACACGUAGAGUGUGCGUCUACCCUUUAGUUUCAAUUUUACCCACAGGAUCUCGCAGUCGUCAACAUCGAGUUCUGGAACAGCGUGGCAGUCCAAGUUGUGAUGGACUGCAACAAGCACUCCUCCUCCUCUGUCUUUUCUGUCUCGACGAAAUACUUUGUAUAUAUCUGGUACAACCUCUGCGUUUGCUAUGGAGGGAUUCAGCCAUGUUUCUGAGCCCAAGAUGAUGUCGGGUUUUAGGCUGUUAAUUAGGUUAGCUAUCUCUACUCGCUUACCACUUGCAGACUGGAAGUUUACAUUUAAUAUGCGCAAUGGCCUGUGUCUCCAUUUGUCUUGUUGACUGCAGCGCAUAGGAGUAGAGCAGUGUGGUGGUUGAAAACUUCGAAUGUCUCUUGGUGUGGAGAUUGAGUGGUUCAGAGAGAAAUCUGGGAAGGUAGAGUCUGUCCCUGCACUAUGUGGGUCAAACACAGACUGGUUAAUCUGGCUGCCGCAGACAGUACAGUGCCAUGGCACGUCAGAAUUUUUAGCAUGUUGGUUGUAAUUAGAAGUGUCGAUGCUUUGGCAUUGACGAUGGAACCAUUGCCCACAUUGUUCACAGGCAACGCCCCUGUCCUCCACAUGUACAACAUGGUCACAUGCUCCGCAGAUCCAUGAUGACUGGGAUUUGGAACUUGAUGGGGUAUGCAAGGGAGAACCAGCACUAGUAGUAAUGUUCGGUCCAGGGUUGGGUUCAGGAGAGUACGAAUUUGCGAGGAGGAUGCAGGCCAGAUACAAUAGUACCAGUUUUUGACGGCCUAAGGGCCUCUGAGUAGAGCAUGAUCGGGAUGCUCUAUGUAAAAUGUCUAUAAACACACAGUGAGCAGUACCAGCUAUGCGGAAAACUGUCUUCCCACUGAAGUCCAAACUGUCAAAUAUAAGGCCUAUUUCUGGUCUCUCGGCAUCAAAAAUGAACAAUUUAUUUACCAGAGCCGUUACCACAAUUGUAUAUAGUGUAAUAUUGUAUUUGAACAUACUACAAGUCACUCCGUGUGUUUCAGUCUGAGAGCACACACAGCAAUAGAGUUUUGCUACGCUUCAAGUAAGACAGGAAGUGGUAACAAAAAUGGCGUCGAAUAUCAACAAUGCAGUACAAACCCCGAAAUCACAUCAUUAGCCAAGCAUUUUGAAGACAGUGACUUUUGGCUCAUCCCUUGACCAGCAAUGGUGACAUUUUAGAUUAUAAAUCACAGUUUGUUGAGGAUUUACUUGACUAAUAAUGUCAUAGUCAAAGAAAUAUUCCUCAUAAAAAAACAUGUACACUAAUCCCAUCUAACCGGAAGUUACUUCCUAAUAGGAUCCUAUCUAAGCACAGACAGAUCUUCCUAAUAGGAUCCUGUAUCAGCACUAUCACUGGAAACCAAGUUACACUGGUAGUGGCCAUAGCUGUAGAAGAUGGGAGAGAGAUAUUGGAUACCAGUAUUUCAAAUUUGAAUAUUGAUUAUUCUUUUGUCUACAAAGUCCUUUAUGUAACUGGUCACCUUCCAACUAGUAACCUUCCAAAUGGUCACCUUCCAACUGGUAACACCUUCCAAUUGGGUACCUUCUAACUUGUAACCUUCCAAUUGGUCACCUUCCAACUGGUCACCUCCCAACUGGUCACCUUCCAAGCACAUGGGUUUUAGGAUGCUCUGGUUGCAAACAAUGACACUAAUUCAUGUGUAAGUCAAAUAUUGUAUACACUAUAUGCCUAAAAGAAAAGACGGGAGAGAAAAUAAUGUCAAAUAUUAUAUACACUAUAUGCCUAAAAGAAAAGACGGGAGAGAAAAUAAUGUCAAAUAUUAUAUACACUAUAUGCCUAAAAGAAAAGACGGGAGAGAAAAUAAUGUCAAAUAUUAUAUACACUAUAUGCCUAAAAGAAAAGACGGGAGAGAAAAUAAUGUCAAAUAUUAUAUACACUAUAUGCCUAAAAGAAAAGACGGGAGAGUAAACAAUGUCAAACUGUGCUAUUGCCUGACUAUUAUUAAUUUUAAGUUGUCGAUUUGUAAUGCACUGGGCCUCGUUAGAUUCGGCUACAACUUUCACCUUUGUGUUUCUGUAGAACGCUGAAUAAGAUAGAUAACAUAAGAUUCUUUUAUUGAUCUAAUUAAAUGGAAAUGUUUUUUGAUUGCAUUGCUCAUAUACAUUUUCAGCACAUAAAUAAAUAUAUAUUUUAAUAAGUCCACAAAUUUUCAACUAAAAAAUUUGAACACAAGACAUCUACAUUAAAUUAUUUCACUAGUGAAAAAAAAGCAGCCAUUCAGUGAACUCCGUUAGUCAAAACAAGGACUUAUUAGUUCUCGUUAGAUAAAGAUACAUAGUUGAACUUCAGCCCGCAGUUUUAGUUUCCAUGUGACUUUUAUGUUAUCAUGCUCUGGUGGUUCCUGCUUCUAUUUGGUAAAUGUCUGCUGUUAUAUUUUAAAGGAUAAACAAAGUGUGAUUGCAUUUCACAGCAUGAUUUCUAUUUAUCCACAGUUCAUUUAUCAACAGUUAGUUUAUCAACAUUUCAUUUAGCAACAGUUCACUUAUCAACAGUUCAUCUAUCAACAGUUCAUUUACCAACAGUUCAUUUAUCAGCAGCUCAUUUAUCAACAGUUCAUUUAUCAAUAGUUCAUCUAUAAACAGUGCAGACUGCAGAAAAAAAUUCUCCACUUUUCAUCUUAACUAAAACAAAAAGUCUGUACUUGGGAAAUUUUGUUGAUUUCUUUUUGGUCCAUUUUCUUGUUACAACUCAUAUGGUGCUUUAUUACUUUUUAGUUACGUGGACCCAAGCGCUUUGAUUGAAUGCAUAGGACUCGACACAGGAGAGCAGCAGGUAGGUUUUUAGAGAAAAAUUUUUUAUGAAUAUUUUUUUUAGAAAACAAAUAUUGUCAUGUGACCACCAGGGGGUGCUAAGUUCUGGCUUGAGCUUGAAGAUUUGGUUUAACCCCUUACUGACCAUCUUUCUCUUUUAUGUCAUACAUUGACUGUUUUACACUGAACAUUUUAGUAUAGACUUUUUACUCCUUCUACCAGUUCCCAUGCUUUUAGUAUUUUUACACAGUUUAUUCUUUAGUGCACUAGGCAUAUUUUCAAUUUUGGAAAUAAUUUUUUUAUAUCAUUAACAUAUGACUAAUAAAUUUCAGCACUGAAUAAAGUUUUGGAAUAUGCUAAUCAAGGUCACACAGGAGGUCACGUUAUGAACACACACUGCAACAAAUAGUUUGUUUUUAUUACAAGACAUUAGUUAAAUGUAUUUACUUUUUUUUUUUUUAAAUCAGUGUAUGGUCUAAAAACAUGUUUCCUUGAAUUGCAUUGACUGUUACACAAAGGCAUGUGAGUGUACACUGACUUUAAUUUGGACUAAUGCACUGACACCGCCAGCCUUGACCCAAAGCAAUGACACCACCAGCCUUGACCUAUUUUCUACCGCCCCCAAAUUGUUUCCAUUUAUUUCAUCUGCUCUCAUUACCCCUUCUGUUUAUUUUUUUUAUUAACCAGAUGACAUCAUUUAGUCAUGAUAUAAAGGGGAACUAAUGCUAUAAAUAUUCUUAUGUCAUAUCAUUAUCUUGUUGACUCUCAAAGCCUGAUUCGGGCCAGGAGUACCAAAAAAUUAAAAUCUAGCAGGGCCAGUUAGCUUGUGGGAGUUGGCAUAUGCUAAAAGCAAAAAUAAAUAAACUAAAAAAUUGAAAUAAAUGUGUAAAAAAAAACAACAACAACGGCUGUCAUAAAGAUGUCAAUUUGAUUUUAUUUUGAUUCUCAUUUUCUACAGAGAAUCAUGAAAAUUGGGGAUUUUAAUGGUUUCACUUUCAUCUUCCAAAAAUAAAUUUUCAUUCAUGAUAAAUUUUUGGUAUGAUGGAAUAUACAUUCCAUUUAAUACAUUAUUCUAUUUGAAAAAUAUAAAAUAAUAAAUAACCUAUUAUAGACUGUUACUAACAAAGUAUAAUUAAAAGUAAAGAUGCAUUCAAAAAUCAUCAGAAGAAACAUUUUCAUUAAAAACUAUUAUUUGAAUCAGACUUAUUUACAAAAAGUAUUACAUUUUAAUCUUGGCACAUGUAUUGGCUUUAUUAAGACUGAUCCAUUUAAAACACUUAAAAAGAAAAAAAAAAAAAUUUCUAAAAAAAAAAUUCAAAAUCCAUUUCCAAUAGAAAUGAACUUUAAAUAUAUGCUUUCUUGACUGCAGGAUGCCCAAGAGUUCUCUAAGCUGUUUCUCCACCACCUAGAGGCUGCUCUGUCGGGAGUGGUCCCCGAGAG